CAUCGGACACAGGGCACGCGGUGCCUCGGAGUCGAGCAGCCCCCACUCCCCCCUCCCCUCCCCUCCCCUCACUCGGCCGGCUGCCCGGGGAGGGCCGACAGCUGGAGCAGUGCCGGCUUCCCGAGGGCGAGAGGCCAUCGUGCUGAUGGGCCAGUGACUGCGGGUCGCCCCGAUGUCGGACCCAGGCCCAGACCCCCAGCGGCUGACGCGAGACGGUUUCCGCUCGGGCCCCCUGAGCAGUACCAGCGGCCGAGCCCCGGCGACGAGGCCUUAAAGCAAUGGACCAGGAGAGUGGAGGGGAAUCUCUGAAAGGACAGAGCACCCAGUGGAAGAAUUACAAGCUGGUGGCAGAUCCAACCAUCAGGCGGGUCCCUCAGAAGGUGUAUCGCUAUGAUGGUAUACACUUCAGCAUUCCGGAUGCCGGUUUUCCAACAGUGGGAGACGUUCGGGACCCCCGGCAGCGACGGAUCUGGACCAAGCAUCGUGACAUCUCCCUCCCCGUCCCCAAAUUCAAGUUUGACGAGUACUACGUCGGCUCUGUGCCACUAAAGGAGGUGACCUUCGCCCGGCUGAACGACAAUGUCAAGGAGGGCUUCCUGGCCGACAUGUGCAAGAAGUUCGGCGACAUCGAGGAGAUCGAGAUCCUGUACAACCCAAAGAACCGGAAGCACCUGGGACUGGCCAAGGUGGUGUUCAGCAGCACCCGGGGGGCCAAGGAGACGGUCAAGAACCUGCACAACACCUCGGUAAUGGGCAACAUCAUCCACGCCCAGCUGGACAUCAAAGGGCAACAGCGGAUGAAGUAUUUUGAACUCAUCGUCAAUGGAUUCUACACGCCGCAGACAGUGCCCACCGGGGGCAAGGCUCUGGUCGACAAGUUCCCACCGUACCAGGCAGACACGACCAAUGACCCUAGGCGACGGCGGUCAAAUGAUGCCAGCUUUCCUGUGACCACUGCCCAGCCAGCGACCCCUGGCAAUGGCACCCCCUGCUCUCAGGACACGGCGUACUCCAGUGGGCGACAGGACACCCCCUCGUCGUUCGGCCAGUACACUCCGCAGUCUCAGGGUACCCCUUACACGCCCCGAGGUGGCACACCCUACUCCCAGGACUCCUCGUUCUCUAGCAGGCACGGCACGCCCGGUUACGCGAACUUCCAGCAGGACCCCGCUUACAAACCCAGGAGGCACGAGACCGGCAGCCCCUUCCCCCGCCGGCCCGGGCACCAGUACCCGGGCUACCGGGCCCAGGAGCACCACUACCCGGUCUACCCCGGCCAGCCCUACCCCCACGAGGCCGGCCUCUACCAGGGGCAGCCCGAAGGCGCCCGCUUCACCCCCGCCCCCGAGGCCAGGGCCUUCCCCCACCCCCCGGGGGCCCCCUACCACCCACCCCCGGCGGUGCCGGGCGAAGAGGGCACCCCCUACCCCGGCGCCUACGGGCAGAACCCCUACCCCCCGGCCGCCUACGGCAAGGAGCCGGGCGCCUACCCGCUGCGCCUGGACCACAGCUUCCAGCGCCCGGCGGCCGAGGGCUACGGCAAGCAGGAGCAGCGGCCCCCCUCCCCGCCGCCGGCCCCCAGCCCCCCGGCCUCCCCCCCCGAGCCCACCUCGACCGGCGAGAGCCUGCCCUGCGCCCGGCACUCCAGCCUGGACUCGCGCAUCGAGAUGCUGUUGAAGGGCCAGCGUUCCAGCUUCUCCUUCCUGGCCCCCGACUCCGAGGAGGAGGAGGUGGAGGAGAGCAGGGACCCCGCCGGCGGCGCCGCCGGGACCACCACCACCACCGGCGCCGGCGGCCCCCUCCCCCCGCCGGACGCCCCCCCUCCCCCUCCCCCGCCCCCGCCGCCCCCUCCCCCGCCGCCGCCGGCCUGCCUGGAGGGGGGGGCCGCCCCACCCCUGCCGCCCCCCCUCCCCGAGCCGGGCGCCGACGCCGGCAGCUGGGCCGGACCCCACGGGCGGGCCGAGAGGAGGGGGCCCGUCCGCACCCAAGGCAACCCGGUGGCCAACGGAGAGGAUGAUACCUCGGCCCACUCCUCGGGGGAAGACAUGGAGAUCUCGGACGACGAGGCGGGCGAGCAGCCGGCCGGCGAGCGCAUCGAGGUGGCCCCCUCGCCUUCGGGGCCCGGCUACACCGGCUUCGGCCUGCAGGCUGGCCACGGCGGGGGCGAGGAGGCUCGGGGCGGGGCCGGGGGUGGAGCAGGAGGACCAGGAGGAGGAGCAGGAGCAGGAGCAGGAGGAGGCCGAGGCCCCGGCGGAGGGGGAGUGGGAGUGGGAGGGGGGGCCCCCGGCUUCGGGCCCCACAUCUACAACUUUGUCAACUCGCUGGAGCUGAUGAGCCGGCUGGGCAGCCAGUGGGGGGGGAUGCCCAUGUCCUUCCAGAUGCAGACCCAGAUGCUGAGCCGUCUGCAGCAGCUGAUGCGGGGCAAGGACCCGGCGGCGGGCGAGCCCUUCCCCCUCUACCCGGCCGAGGCCCUGGUCUUCGGGGCCCAGCUGCCCUACGAGGCCUACCGGGCGCCGGAGCGCGAGGGGAGGGCCUACCCCGGCCGGGACCCCCAACCCCUCCUCCCGCCCUGCUCCGCCAACGCCAACGCCACCUCCGCCGCCUCCGCCGCCGCCUCCUCCUCCUCCUCCUCCUCCUCCUCCGCAGCCUUCAAGGCCUACGAGUGCGCCGGCCGCCCCUGGCCCUUCGACGGCCAGAAGGAGGACCCCCACCUCUGCACGGUGGACAGCGUGCUGGCCAACCUCAUCCAGGAGAUGAAGAGCAUCAUGAAGCGGGACCUCAACCGCAAGAUGGUGGAGAUGGUCGCCUUCCGGACCUUCGACGAGUGGUGGGAGCGCAAGGAGCAGAAAGCCAAGCCGUUCCACAAUGCGGCCAGACUCCACGCUAAAGAAGAGGAGAAACCCAGACCCAAGGAGCCGGCCAUGUUCUCCCUGCUGGACUGGGCCAAGAGCGGAGGUGUGGGUGGAGGUGGGAACAGUGCAGGCGGCCUUGAGGGCUAUGGUUUCGGGAUGGGUCUCCGCGCCUCCCUGAGGCUUCCCUCUUUCAAGGUGAAAAGGAAAGAAAUAUCUGAGCUUCCAGAGAGUGUUGAACAGAAACGACCUCGGCCGUCUUUGCCACAGUUCGAGGAGGAUGAGGAGAUGGAGCACGAGAAGGACACGUCGGACGCGGCCAGCCAGUCCUCGGAGCUCUCCAAGCGGGAAGGCGAUGGCGCCAAGAAGCGCGGCAAGCCGUCCAAAUCCUUGGAGCUGAACAGCGAGGGCGAGGAGGAAGAGGAGCCCCUGGGGAAGGAGGACGACGAGGAGGAAGGAGAGCUCGAGGCCAGCGAGAAGGAGGAUUCCGAGGAAGACGAGGUGGCAAGCGACACCUCUUCGAAGGCGGAUGAGUCGGAAGAAGAGUCCGAGGCCUCCUCGGGCUUCGAGAGCAGCUCCGAGGAAGAGGAGGAAGAGGAGGAAGCGCCGGACACCAUGGACGACUCGACCGUCGACAGCUCCGUCGCUGAAGAAAAGGAGACAAAAGUCCAGCCCCUGGCCGAGCCGGCAAGUGUAAAGGAGACAGAAACAGCAGCUGAGGAGUGUGAAGAGACGACUGAGAAAGGUGCCAGGGAGGAGGAGACAGAGGCACAGGGCACCCCAGAGGAGUCCAAAGCCCCGAGCGUAACGGCUGAGCCGUUGGCCGUAACCUCAGAGAAGCCUCCGUCACCGCCCGUCCGGGCAGCCGAGGCCACGCCGAGGGAGGAGCCGGAGAAGCCGCCGGCCGCCACCCGGGAGGACAAGCCGGUGCCGCCGGCGGCGCCGGGAGAGGGAAGCGCGCCGCUGGCGGAGACGCUGCACAAGCCCCGCAAGAGGGUCUCGUUCUCGCUGUCCGAGGAGGAGGAGGAGGAAGAGGAGGAGGAGACGGCGGACGAGGAGAGCGAGGAGGAGGAGGAGGUGGAGCCGGCUCACGGCAGCCCCGCCGAGCCCUCACCGCGUUGGCUGCGGCGGAGGGAGAGCCCCCGGGCCGCGCCGGCCCCACCCGCCCCCACCACUACCGCCGCCGCCGCCACCACCUCCACCAUCCGGAACCUGCCGCUGGACCACGCGGCGCUGGUGAAGGCGCCGACGCAGGAGGAGGAGGUGGAGCCCCCGCCGGCACGGACGCCUCCCCACCGCGGCCGGCCCCGCCAGCCGGCCCCGGCGCCCCCCGGCUCAGCCCCCGAGCCCCCCGCGGACGAGAGCCUGCGGCUGAAGGAGCAGCUGGGCGCCUCGUCGCUGCUGGCGCUGGCCAACACCGCCCUGUCAACGCCGCCGGCCUCGCGGACCCCCGACGGCCAAGGGGUGGACCUGGCGGCGCUCGCCGACAUCGCCCUGACCAUCGGCGAGUCCGGCGGCUCGGAGGAGGAGGAGGUGGGGGGGGUAGACGAGGAGGAGGACCCCCUCCUCCGGCCCGAGCGCACCUUCCACCUGGAGCACAGCUACGCCAAGCCCCCGCCCCGCCAGCCCUCGCCCUCCGCCCGCCGGGUCCCCGGCCGGCGCGGCGCCGGCGAGACCCCGCGGCAGCAGCCGGCACCGGCCGCCCCCGUCCUCCCCCAGCCGCCGGGCCCCGAGCUGCUCAGCGACCAGCUGGACGCCGUGCUGGAGGCCCCCGAGGAGGUGGUGGCCCCCCCGCCCCCCGGCCCGGCCGCCGGCGAGCUGGAGGUGGGCGACCUGGGCGAGGGCGGCGGCGGGGGUGAGGAGGAGGAGGAGGGCGCCGGCCGAGCCCCCCCCAACGCCGACGCCGGAGCCACCGGCCCCAAGGGCAAGAGGCUGGAGCCGGGCGAGGUGUGUCCCGAGCCGCCGGCCGCGGCCGCAGGGGCCCGGCCGGACGGGGCCUUCGAGCUGCGCAGCGAGUUCGAGGAGAUGGCCAUCCUCUACGACAUCUGGAACUCCGGCCUGGACCCCGAGGAUGCCCGCUACCUGAAGCAGACGUACGAGCGGCUCCUGCAGGAGGACACCAGCGUCGACUGGCUCAACGACACGCACUGGGUCUUCCACACCAUAACCAAUAUUCCCUGUGCGAAGCGGAGGAAGCGAUCGGAGGAUGGGAUGAGGGAGCACCUAACCGGGAGUGCCCGCAGUGAGGGUUACUACAAAAUCAGCAAACUGGAGAAAGACACUUAUCUCAGAGUGCCCGUGACAGCCCGAGAAGCACUGAACACACACCAGUCCCACUUGAUGCUCAACCAGCAGGUCCCAGGAAGCAAUCGGCUGCUCUCUGAACGACGCUCCGAGCAAAGGCGCCUUCUCAGCGCCAUGGGAACGUCCGCGCUGCUCGACAGCGACCUCCUCAAGCUGAACCAGUUGAAGGUAAGGCUGGCCUCCCAGCUCCGAGGCGGCGAUCGUGGCAUUGCCCUCAUACUCAGCCCCCCCUCCAACAGAAACGCAAUCACCAACACCGGCAACAAGAUUCUGCAGGACACUUCCAGAACGCUUUCCAAAAAGUGCCCCAUGAGAGGCUUUUCGUGA